AUGGCUGCUGUUGUCUUCAUAGCCUUCCUGUAUUUGGGAGUGGCCUCAGGUGUUCCAUUACUUCAUUCAAGUUUGGAUGCUGAAUGGCAAGACUGGAAGAUAAAAUAUAACAAAUCAUAUAGCCUGAAAGAAGAGAAACUGAAUAGAGUGGUUUGGGAAGAAAAAUGGAAAAUGAACAAACUGCAAAACAGGGAGAACAGCCUGGGUAAGAAUGGCUUCACCAUGAAAAUGAGUGAAUUUGGUAACCAGACUGAUGAAGAAUUCAGGAAAAUGAUGAUUAAAAUUCCAGUUUGGACUCACAGAGAGGGGAAAAGUAUCAUGAAACAUGAAGCUGGCAGUAUUCUCCCCAAAUUUGUGGAUUGGCGGAAGAAAGGAUAUGUGACUCCUGUACGGAAACAGAGAGACUGGGAUGCUUGUUGGGCAUUUGCUGUGACUGGUGCCAUAGAAGCACAGGCAAUCUGGCAAACAGGCAAACUCACCCCUCUGAGUGUGCAGAACCUGGUGGACUGUUCUAAACCUCAAGGCAACAAUGGUUGUCUUGGUGNUGAUACAUACAAUGCCUUCCAGUAUGUUUUGCACAAUGGUGGUCUGGAGUCUGAGGCAACAUAUCCAUAUGAAGGGAAAGAUGGACCAUGCAGGUAUAAUCCAAAGAAUUCUAAGGCUGAAAUAACAGGAUUUUUGUCCCUCCCCAAAAGUGAGGAUAUCCUAAUGGCUGCUGUAGCAACUAUUGGGCCCAUCACUGCUGGAAUUGAUGUUUCAUAUGAGUCUUUCAAGAAUUAUAAGGGAGGUAUUUACCAUGAGCCAAAUUGUAGCAGUGAUACUGUGUCUCAUGGAGUCCUCGUGGUUGGUUACAGAUUUAAGGGAAAUGAGACCGAUGGUAAUCACUACUGGCUGAUCAAGAACAGCUGGGGUAAGUGAUGGGGCAUUAGAGGCUACAUGAAGCUCACCAAAGACAAGAACAACCACUGUGGAAUUGCUUCAUAUGCUC